AUGGGGUCACUUGAAAGGGUUCUUGAACAGGACAUCGUGCGGAAAGAAGGACGCAACACCACUGAUCCUGCUUCGACGUCGCAACGGAGGACAUCGGCCGAUCUGCCUGGGGGCGAAACAAGCAGCUCCGACAAUGAGGCUGCCAUACCGGAAGAUGAGAAAGGCCUGGAGCCGACACCACUGGCAGUGAUCGACGCUUCAUACGAAGAUGACACUAAUGAUGACAUCUUGGAUCUAGGCAUCAAGCUUGGGAGAAUGAGGUUAAAUGAACGCUUAGGUGGCUUCUUUCGCCCCAGAAUUCACGAAGAGUUGAGCCAUGCGCUUUCAAAUUCGACAACUGACUCUGGAAGCUCUGCUGAAGACCGGUCCACCCUGCCCGAACUGCCAGACCACGAACUAGACUUCUUAGCUCCUGGUCCCUCAUACAUUGCUCCGGGUUCGGGAUUCUUGUUCGGCGAUGUCGGUAGCAAGAGAUCCCUUAUCAACUUCCUGCCAGCAAAGGCUGCAGCGGACUCCUUAGUCCGCACAUACCUGGAGAAUGUCCACUUUAUUGCACGGGUAGUCCACUGGCCAAGCUUCCAGCUCCAUUAUGACAAUUUCUGGACAUCGGUCCUCGCCGGUCUAGAGCCUCCAGCAUGGCAACAAGCCAUUGUGCUAUCAAUUCUAUUUGCUGCAGUCGCUAGCAUGGCGGACGAAGACGUGGUUUCGAUCUUUGCGAGGUCGAAGAAUGUCAUCCUCGGCAAUUUUCAGACAGGGACAGAGGUCGCUCUGAGCAAAGCCCAAUUUCUCCGAGCGACAAAAUUGGAAACCUUGCAGGCUCUGGUUAUUUACCUGAUUCCCAUGUGUCGAGAUCAGGUGUCGCGUGCCCAUUCGGUGCUUGUUGGCAUGGCCGUCCGCUUGGCCGAAUGUAUGGGUCUCCAUCGCGAUCCCGAAGAUGUUUACGGCUUGUCUCCAAUCGAAUGUCAUGUCCGGCGAAUUGUGUGGUUUGAGCUUUGUUGGCUGGACUUUCGCACUUGUGAGGGCCAGGGGCCUCGACCCGGCAUUAGACGAGAUGACUACGACGUUAAAUUCCCGCUCCACAUCAACGAUGCCGAUUUGUUGUCCGCGAGGCCGCAAGAGGCCAGUACACAGUGGACUGAUAUGACAAUGUCACGGCUCCGAUUCGAAUGUAUAGAAAUGCAACGGGUUAUCUGGUUGGAUCGGAUUAGGAUCGAAAAGAAAAAAGCGUCCUUGACACAUGUGUUGGGCAAAAUCGAGUCCUUUCGCAGAGCCAUGGAGGCGAAAUAUACGCCGAUUCUGAACGUUGAGGCGCCAUUGCACAAAUAUGCACAGCUGGUGAUGAAUCUGCUAAUUCAGCGGAUGUUUGUGAUGGUGUUGCAUCGCUACCUCAAUAACCCCAGCAACCAAGUACCGGAGAGGCUUCGACACCUCACCAUCCACAGCGGCGUUCAGGCAAUGGAAAACGCCAUGGCAAUUGAGCGGAUCCCAGAACUCAAGAGAUGGAGCUGGUUUAGCGGGGCGUAUCAACAAUGGCACGUUGCAUUCCUGUUAUUGACCGUCAUUUACCAAAGCCCAACGUUGCCCGAGGCGGAGCGGAUAUGGAACAUUAUCGAUUUUGUCUUCGAGCCCGAUCUGUCACUCUCGCGAGGUCUGAAAGCCAGGAGCAUCAUUUCAGCAAUCCGAGAUAGGACCGCAGUGUACCAGGAUCUGCGCCGGAUCCGCGUCCCUGUCAGCAUGAAAGAUAGGGUGGACGCACCCAAUAACGCUGGGGAGGACGCUGGUAUCACGAGCGGAUCCAGGCCCGUAGAAUGGACGCCGGAAUUGGUCCCCCCAACUAGGGCUUCGCCACAAACCAUGGAGGAAAGAGCUAAUACGGCGCAACAGGCCGGUCAGUCGUGGACCUUCGAUACACCUACAAAUUUCUACGUCAGCAGACAUGGCCUACGACAGGAUGGCGGCACUUCCAAAGCACCAUUACCUCAAUGGCAAAGUCAGCAGCAACAGCAACGGUACGACGCAGCCCAGGCAACGCCAGAAAAACAAUUUGAUUUCAACAGCCCGAGCGACUCUGGGACAAAUGAAUCUUGGCCGCCAUUGAUUACCACCGACCAACCCGGUUGGCGCACAGUGCUGAGGGCCGGCAACACGUCGUCGUCGUCGCCGCCUCCAGGACCGCAAACGGUUCAGGGCGUGAAAAACAACCACGUCUUGCCCGGCGGUAAUAGCCCUUACGGGAUCGAAUCAGGGUUUCAGAAUGACCAUGUCAAUAUUCCCCAGUUCCCGCCAUCGAAUCCACGAGGAGAUUCCGUCAUGUUAGAUAUUGACUGGGCGGAGUGGGACCAGCUGUUUCCCCCUGACAGCAGCAACAUCCCUUUCAACACAACACAGACUUUACAAUAG